AUGCCAAAGGUAGCCAAAGGGAACGGGAAACAGAGAAUGGCCGCAGUAACCGACGAUUUUGCAAGGAAGUGCGAGAUAAAGCAUAAUGACAUGCUGGGCAGAUUUGUGGUUGCCCUGUGUAAUCUUCGAGCUGGCGAGACCCUGCUGCUGGAGAAUCCUAUAGUGGUUUUGCCCCAAAUGGGCGAUAGACGCUGCUCCAAGUGCUUUAAUCUAACCGAGAGUUUUUGUAGAAAGUGCCGUCUGUUGGCUUUGUGUGAGGAUUGCUCGUAUCAUGACGAACGCGAUUGCAAAAGGCUUGCUGAAAUGAAUUUUUCCGACGACCAGGUGGAACUGCUCCAGAAAAAGGAGCACACCGAAAUCCAGCCAGUUUUGAAAUGCCUGCUGUUAAGAGAGCACGAGGAAACCCUACCCUUGUACGAGGAAAUGUCCCAAAUGGAAUCCCAACUUAUGACUAGAAGAGGGACUGACAUCUGGAAAAACUACCAGGAGCACGCAUUUACUCCUCUGAAUUCUGGUGGAGUGCUAGCACAACUACGAGGCGCGGCGGAUGAGGACCUAGUACAAGGUCUCCUAGGCAUCCUGGACAUAAAUGCCUACGAAAUAAGGGCUCCGGAGGUGGGUGGCGCCAUGAGAGGACUGUAUAGCCGGGCAGGACUCUUUGCCCACAGCUGCAUGCCCAACCUGGUCAUUUCAAUCGAUGACGAGCGACGUAUAAAGGUCUACGCUAAUCGGUUUAUAGCCGCCGGAGAGAUCCUUUACAAUUGCUACACCAAUGUGCUCCUGGGCACCGAGGAGCGUCGCCAAAUCCUCAAGGAAGGCAAGUGCUUCGACUGCUCCUGUCCACGAUGCCAGGAUCCCACCGAGCUGGGAACACACAUGAGCAGUUUCAUUUGCAGUCACUGCUCGUGCGCAGAUGGGUACAUAGUACGGCAGCCGGAUACCGGAAUAUGGCAGUGCCUUCUUAAUCCGGAGCACACACUGAAACAGGAGUUCGUAUCGAACAUGCUGGAACGGGCUAAGGAGGAAAUAUUUCACGCAAGGGAUGAUAUAUAUCGACAGGAGCUCCUCUUGGCCAAGCUGAGUCGCCUUCUUCAUCGGAAUCAUUUCCUAAUGCUGGAUCUAAAGCAAAAUAUCGCCUCUAUAUUGCGACAGAUCCUUCAGAAUAUAGGUACCCGACCAAAUAAGAAAGUAUACGAGCGGAAGAUUCGAUUGUGCCAGGAGAUAUUGUUGGUACUCAAGGUCGUAACUCCUGGAAUCUCCAUAUUGAAGGCUAUCGCCCUCUAUGAACUGGCUAACACACAGGCCGAAUUGGCCAGAAAAAUGUAUACUGAAAUGGAGAACAGUGCCAAUGACCUUCUGGCCGAAUUGGAAAGAGUUGAGGUCAUGCUGCGGGAGUCCCUGCGAAUGCUUCUAUUUGAGCCACUGGCCACUCCAGAGGGCCAGCUGACGCGAUCAAUGCUCCGAGAGCUGAAGGAUCUGCAGGAUGAUAUAAAAAAUCUGCGAGAAUCCGAUGACGAUGUGGUAAAUCAAUAAGAUCUACGAGUUUGCAGUUUAAAACUGGUAUUUGAAUUCAACAAGCAUUGUUUGCCAUGUUUAACUAAUGACUUAUUAAUGGGGAUAGAAGUCAAAUUGUUGAUUAAAAAUUUAAAUUUGAUAGAGGAUACAAUAUUACUUCAGCUACAUUUUAAAUCAAGUAAAACAUUAGUAAAAGUAA